AUUUCCGGAAAUUUUCAUGACCAUCCGCUCAAGUCAGAUUCCGUGCAAAUUGUUGCAUUUGCAUAUUCUUCAAAUUAUCCGUGUGAAUUAUCCGAAACUACUGAAAAGAUUUGUAGUGAUGAGGACAGUACCGGCAAAGUCAAGUGUCCAGUCAAAGAUUAUAAGAAAACUAUGACAGUUCAGUAG